AUGACCGAGGCCGCCUGGAGUGCUCCCGGCAGAUCCGAGCCCCAGAGCCGCGUUCCCCUGAAGCCCAUGGCCUCCCCGCGCCUGGCUACCUUCUGCUGUCCUACGCGGGACGCUGCCACGCAGCUCGUGAUGAGCUUCCAGCCGCGGCUCUUCCACGCGAUCUGCCUGGGCAUAGGCGCGCUCCGCCUGGGGCUCGGCCUUCUGCAACACCGUCCCGCGCGCCCAGCGGCCUCCGCACCCGGCCACGCCUCGGCCCUGCCCGUGUCUACCCGCAUCCUGCGUGCUGCCACUGCCUGCGACCUACUCGGCUGCCUGGGUAUUGUUGUGCGGUCUGCAGUAUGGAUAGGAUUCCCAGAUUUUGUUGAAAACAUCUCAGAAGUGAAUGGAACAGAUGUUUGGCCUGCUGCUUUCUGCGUGGGGAGUGCGAUGUGGAUCCAGCUGCUGUACAGCGCCUGCUUCUGGUGGCUGUUUUGCUACGCGGUGGACAACUAUCUGGUGAUACAGAGAUCCGCUGGACUUAGCACCAUGUUGCUAUACCGCCUGAUGGCUUGGGGCCUGGCUGUCCUGCUCUGCGUGGAGGGCGGAUUCAUGCUUUACUACCCAUCCGUGUCCAGGUGUGAGAAGGGUGUGGAGCACACCAUCCCUCAUUACAUCACCACAUACUUGCCACUGAUGCUUGUCCUAUUGGCUAACCCCAUCCUGUUCCAGAAGACGGUGACUGCAGUGGUCGCUCUGCUAAAAGGAAGACAAGGCAUUUACACAGAGAAUGAGAGGCGGAUGGGAGCUGUGAUCAAGAUCCGAUUCUUCAAAAUCAUGCUGGUUCUAACAAUUUGCUGGUUGUCGAAUAUCAUCAACGAAAGCCUUUUAUUCUAUCUUGAAAUGCAACCAGAUAUCCACAGAGGCUCCCUGAAAUCUGUCAGAAUUGCAGCCAAAACCACAUGGGUCAUCAUGGGCACACUGAAUCCAGCCCAAGGGUUUCUCUUGUCUCUGGCCUUCUACGGCUGGAGGGGGUGCAGCCUUGACCUCCGGUCCCCCAAGAAGGAGCUGCAGUGGGACUCGUUGACCACCACGGAGGCUCAGCGGGUCUGCGACUCCCCCGCAGGCUCCCGUGGGCCCUGUUACGGCCAGGGCACCGGGAAGACUGUGUCUUACGAGCCCCUGAGCCUGAUGUCUGAAGCAGCCCAGACUCUCCUGCUGAACCUGCUGUACCCUCUCUUCUCGGAGCACAUCGCAGUCGUCCGCUACCCAGACCUGAGUGCUUGA